CGUCUCGACGUUGCCCACCGCAGAUAAAUGAGCAGGAUUCCAGCGUGGAGACGUCACAAAGUAUUCGUCGCGAAUCGCCGGUAGCACGCAGCCGACGCAGGACCACGCCAGGCAACACACCGCACUACCGCCGAAAACGUCACCGAUGAAAGCCAUUACACUUCUGGCCGCCCUGGCCUGUGUGUUCAAGGUUUCGCAUGGGUUCCCGUUCAACUUCAAUAAAAGGAAUUUAGAUUCUCUGGCUAGAACCGGACAGUUACCAGAAUACAAACGAUCGUUGGCUUCCCUGGCUAAAAGUGGACAGUUACCCGAAAAAUUGGUACAAGAGAAACGAAUGUUAGAUGUAUUGGAACAAGCGAAUAAUGCUAACUCUAAAGCCAUUCAAGAACAAAGAAAUCGUGUUGUUGAGGAAUUAAAAAACUAUGCUCUAUAUGGAAUGUCUAAGAGACAAAUAACUGCAGAACCAGAUUUCCGUGAUGAAUUCAAAUCAGAUUUGCGGAACAUAUUAGACCAAUAUUUGAAUAAAUUCGGAACGACAUAUGAUCCAGAAAAGGUGGAACUAUUUCUAACUAACAUGGCAGAUGAAGUAUUUGACAACCAUGGUGUAGUGUCAUUGGACCACAUUCGAUUUCUGAUCGAGACCGGUUACUUCCAGCCGGAAAUGCGCGAAGAAGACGAUGUAAAAUCAGCCGAUGGAGACUCGUCACUAGACCAUUAUAUCGCUAAACGUUUCAUGGCUUCACUUGCUCGGAAUGGUAAUAUGCCGUACUGGUCCAACAAUCCAAGAUACGUCGCCAAACGGUACAUUUCGUCUCUGCUGAGACAAGGAAGAUUACCUUACGGGUUCCAACCAACCACCGAGUCAUCGACGAAAAACGAAAAUUGGAAUUCACAAGACAUUCAAAAGCCCAAAAGAAAUGAUGCGACGUAUCAAAACGACGAAGAAUUCAUACCCGUGAUGCAAGGAAGUAAAAGCCUACAGAGCAUUAUCGACGACUUGACACAAGAUCCUAUACAGAAGAGAUACUUGGGUGCGCUGUCCCGCAGUGGAUGGAUACCCCGAGGAUUCGCUUCGACGUCGUCGCGGACGUCCCCGUCUCUGUCAUCGUCGUCGUUGUCCGCGUUCCAUUCGUCCGGCACCGGCAACGGAUACGGCAAACGGCACCUGGCCGCGCUCGCCCGACUCGGAUGGUUGCCGUCGUUCAGGAACCCGCAUUCGUUUUACAUGCGCAACGGCAGAGGGUCGUCGUUCCAGUGCGACAUAAACAAGAGGAUCGCACCAGCAGCCGCCGCCGGAGCCGCCGACGGGGACGUCCAGGAUAUUGGGCGGUCAUUUGAAGAGCUCAUCGGGAACGGCGGGUCGUCGUCAACAACAGAGCAGACGCAAGCAGACGGGCUGAAGUCCAAAAGGUACUUGCUAUUGCCGGCCGUGGACAACAUACUGUUGCGCAGGCAGUACCCUCAUUUAGCGACAAAUAAAAUUUAAUCUUAUAAUAUAUUUACAUGCUUCGCCGACAUAUACAUAAUACGAACGUAA